AGGCAUUCUUUAAAUUUGCGACAGUAACUCUCUUAUCCUCAUGGAUAGUAUUAUUACUCCCUAGUCGAAAUCGACUCAAUAACCAAUCGGAACACCCCGAGGGGCGUCCGUGGAUGUCCUCCCAUGGUCAGCAUGCGUUCAUAGCACCUGGACAGGGAGACGUAAGGUCACCUUGUCCGGCCCUAAACACACUUGCAAAUCAUGGAUAUAUGUAUGUCUUUUCUUUUCACGUUUCGUGCCAUCUUCACCCUAACUCUAUCAACAGUAAUCGCUCAGGGAAAGGCAUCUCUGCUUCAUCCCUGAUUGAUUCGCUCACGUCUAUAUAUCACCUUUCUUUACCACUCGCCACUACACUUGUCGCUGGCGGAUUUCUAUCAUGCUCCAGUGGCGACAUUGGCGAAGGAAUUUCACUCCACGCACUGGCUGCACAUAACAAGAUUGAGCAUGAUGCAUCGCUAGUACAUGAUGACGCCCUUCCAGGAGCGAAGUUUGUGUAACAGUAGAGUGACGAGGUCACAGUAUUGCCACACGGAUUGGUGUAGGUGCUCGAUAGAACCGUUGUAAACUGGGGAGUUAUGAUUCUGGAGAACCUA